AUGGAUUUCAAAUCGUUUUUUGGCAUUAGAGGUGGCGCUUCCGUGGUGCCCCUGAGCGACCGACGCGGAGAUUUGUCACCCAACGACAUACACAGCGAUAUUGGACACCCGGAAGCUUCAAAAGUGGGCAGCCUAUUUGUUGUCAUUUUGGGCAGCAGUAUAUGCUUUGCGGCUUUCACACAACGAGUGACGGCUAUCAACAACUGGCGAAAGGUGCCGUUUAUUACAUGGGUGGCAUUGAUUCUGUAUCUCUCCGCGUUCAUAUUCUUCAUGUCGUCAGCCCUGUUCGAAUUUCCUCUUGGAAUUGACCAAAACAUUUCAGCUUGCUCGGCGACAGCAGCGUUGUGUUUGUUCAACUAUGUGUUUUCGAAGAACUGCUACUUUCUGUUUCUCAUCGAUAGAGUUCAUAUCAUCCGCGGCUCUGUUUGCCACCGACUCAAAUCCAAGCUCUACGUCUGCAAUAUCAUAGCAACCAUUGGCUCUUAUAUCGGAUACAAUGCUUUGUACUCGACAUUUAAGCUGAGCGAGGGUCAUAUUCCUUUCGUCGAUCUUUAUGGCAACGGCCAAAUGGCAGUUAUUUCAUCACAAUCGACUCGGCUCGCAACUCUGUCAUGGACAAACGACUUCGCCAGCUCGCUAAUCGGACCUUCCUUGGCACCUGCUGUACAGCUGCGUUUACUGUCGCUUCUCGUCGAAGUCCUGGUCGUCUUUGCCCUAACACGCCCAGAGCAUGGUGCUACUGUGCCUUCUCGCUCCUCUACCAACGUUUGA